UUAAACUAAACUGAUCUUAUUCUUUAAAAAUAAAAAGGUCUAACACUUACUGUGAAACGCCAAUAAGCUCCAACUGACAAACCGACCAACUGACAAAUCAAAUCAAAACAGCAGCCUCCCUGUGACUGACUGAAAGCUUGUUGAUAGAAGACUUUGGAUGGAUGAUGAUGGCUCUCUCUGACCGCCGCAGAUCUUCGGCUCCCCACAGCACUGUGGAGAGGCUCGGUUUGAGGGUCCUGCCUCCUGCUGUCCAUCGGUUCGUCUUCAGCCAAUCGGAAGAGUUUCGGGUGGCCCACCUGGUCUUCAGGGCUCUGUUUGGAGCAGUGAUCGGUACAGUGCUGUUCCUGGCCGUCUCCAACAGCCUCCCUCUGACCUCUGACCUGAUGCCGGUGGCAGCAGCUGUCUUCAUCGCUGUGUGCGCUGUCUGCGGAGCGUUGUCGUCGUCCGCCAGGUGUUCGGCCCUCCUCAUGUUUCCCAGCAUCCUCGGCUCCCGCGGCCAAGCGUACCUGAUGCUCUUCAUCCUGUCGGUGCUCUACAGCGGUCCAGUGUUUAACAUCCAGCGUAACGUGGAGACGGCUGCUCUGUCUCUGAGCUGUAAUCUGGAUCUGCAGGUUCAUCACAGCAAGUUGCUAUGGCGACACGCCAUCACACCGUUCAUCGCCAUCACACAGGAGCUCAUGGAUGACGAACCACAGUUCCAGUCGGAGGCUCGCAGCGUCAGCAGUAAGUUUCAGGACAUCCGAGACGAGGUCUUGCUUCAGUACGGGUUCGACCGGUUCAAACCAAAAGACGCCGCCAGAGGGAACAGCACUCAGGAGCAGUUCACCUUCAAGACCAGGAUGCAGUGCGACAGUGUGGUGAAUGAGGGCGUGCAGCGAUGUGCUGAUUGGUUCGGCAGCAGGUGGGAGGAGUGUAUGCAGGCGAUCCCCGUCCCCGUCAUCAACCACAUCCUCUGCGUCUCCAUGAAGUUCAACUUCCUGUGUGAUGUCAUGAGAGUGAUGACUCCGUGGUGCAGAGAGCAGAUCCCCAUCGAGGGAAACUUCGGUCAGCUGUUUGAUCAGCUGAACCGGUCGGUCAACCUGCUGUCCAGAGAGUUCAGAGCCAAGCUCAUCCUGAAGGAGCAGCAGCAGCAGCAGGAGGUGCUGGGUGGAGUUCUGCUGGGUCAGAACAUCACUCAGGCGGUCCGAGAAUCCUUCCGCAGCCUGACCACCACCAUGGAGCAGCUGAACACCGUCCUGCAGCAUCUGCUCUCCUUCACCUUCAUCACCAUGUUCACUCAAGCGUUUGGUUACCUCCGACAGUACAGGAGGGACGUCCGAUUCGACAAUGUCUACAUCACCACCUACUUCAGACAGAUCGACGCCCGCAGGAGGAGUGCGGGGAAGCGCUGCCUGCUGCCGCUGAAAAAGUCAGAGAGGAAGCAGUUCAUCGAGCCGUGCAGCCUGAAGAUCCACCCUGAGGAGCUCAAACGAGUGAGCUCAGGUGUGUUUCAGCUGCUGUCCGUCUCUCUGCUGUCCUUCGUCCUGCUGAUCGUCGACUUCUCUCUGUUCCACGUGUUGGACAUCGUCAGCAGACACACCUUCACCCAGUUCAACCUGACCAGUAGUCACCAGGUGGACAUUAAAGUGGGCGGAGCCUCCAUGAUGGCCCGCCUCCUGAGGAAGAUGGUUUCAGCCUUCAACAGCUCGUCCAGCCUCAGCUUCCACACAGACAACCGGGGUGUGUAUGUUAGCUGUGUGUGUUUUGUCCUCUUGGUGGCGCUCUUCAGCUGCCUUCAGGUUUACAGCAACCGCCUCCGCCGUGUCAUUGCCGCCUUCUACAACCCAAAGAGGGAGAAGAAGCGAGUCUUGUUUCUCUACAACCUGCUGAUCCAGCGACAGAUUUCCUCCCCUGACAGUGAAGGCACCACCAGCGGAUGCCAGUGGAGCAGGACGGUGUUUCAGCGUCUACGGCGCUGCGGACGCCAUCUUUAUCGCCAUCUCCAACAGGAAGUGUCGGACUCACAGCUUCAGUCUGAGACAGAAUGGCUUCCAGAUCAGAGGAGGAUCUCUGCUGUCCGGUCUGUAGUGACAUCUUCAGAGAUCCUGUCGUUCUGACGUGUAGCCACAGCUUCUGUAAAGACUGUCUGCAAAGCUGGUGGACAGAGAAACCAACACAGGAGUGUCCAGUUUGUAACCGAAGA